GUACCUUUGUCAGUGUUUUUUCGAAAUUUUACUUUUGAUAUAUUUGAAAUAUUCGUAUUUCUCUCAAUUUUUUCGGAAACCACUCAUAUAUAUGAUAUGGAAAAGACCAAAAAGCGGAAGUAUCUACCCAAAUGGGAAUUUGGAAGACCAUGGUUAGCUCACAGAGGCGAUAAAAUGUUUUGCAUUACUUGCGAGAAAGUGUCCAAAUUUGCCCCAAAUAGUGUGAACAUCAAAAAUAAUGCGUUCAUUGUGGGUUCAACCACGAUGAAACUUGAAUCUAUUAUCCAACAUGAGACCUCAAAGUCUCACAAGACGGCGACAAUUAUACUGAAACACAGGCAGAAUCCCACAAGUGCACCAGCUACCUACCUACCUACCUACUACCAUGGUGUUAUUUAGUAUUUGCAAUAAAACUGUUUACAUAUACUGUUUAAAUAUGUAAUUCACAGAGUUCAGUUGGCUGAUUUUUUGGACUUGUAACUUUAAAAUUUACAAGUCCUUAUUUGGCUUGUAUUUUUUUGGAUGGACUUGAAAAAUGUUCACUUACAAGUCCAAAGGACUUGUAACAAUUAUUCUGAAUCUUAGGGUCUGAUGGAGGAGCAAGUAAACUUUCUGAAAAGUUUGAG